AUGAACCUCCCUAUCAUAGAUCUCUACUCACCUCAUCCUCUUUCCACCGCCAUUGCUAUCCGUCAGGCGUGCAUUGAGUAUGGUUUCUUUUACCUUGUUAACCACGGGGUGGAGAAUGAGUUGGGGAAAGCCUUCCAUGAGAGUAGAAGGUUCUUCUCACUUCCAAUGGAUGAGAAAAUGAAGAUGGCUCGCAAGGAAUUUAGAGGUUACACUCCUCUGGACCCUACUUUAGGCCUCCAAGGUGAUUCAAAAGAGAGCUAUUAUAUUGGUCCCAUGGCAGAUUCAGCAAAUGUUAAGCUCAAUCAAUGGCCUUCUCCAGAGUCACUUGGAAAUUGGAGAUCAUCAAUGGAAUCCUUCUACUGGAAACUCUUUGGAGUUGGAAAAAAGCUGUUUUCUCUAAUUGCCCUAUCCUUGGAUAUGGAUGAAGAUUUCUUUGAGAAGAUAGGUGCCAUAGACAAACCAUCAGCUUUUCUUCGCCUUUUGCGUUAUCCAGGUGAAAUGGGAGGUCACGAAGAGAUAUGUUCUGCUCAUUCAGAUACUGGGGCACUCACCCUUCUCAUCACUGAGGGAGUCCCCGGGUUGCAGAUCUGUCGGGACAAGUCAAAGGAACCACAAGUCUGGGAGGAUGUGCCUUACAUGGAGGGGGCCUUUAUUGUGAACAUUGGGGACUUAAUGGAGAGGUGGACAAAUUGUUUAUACCAGUCGACAAUGCACCGGGUCAAACGAACUGGCAAAGAACGCUAUUCAAUUGCAUUUUUCGUAGAUCCUCAUCCUGACUGUGUCGUUGAAUGCAUCAAAACUUGUUGCAGCGAAUCGUCUCCUCCGAGAUUCUCUCCAAUCCGCAGUGGAGACUACAUGGAUGAACGUUUAGCAGUGACACCAGUCUGA